AUCUGGAGUGGAGGGGGAGGUACUGGGGGGGCUGCUGGAAGCCUGUAAGAAACUGGAUGUGAGGCUCAUACCUAGAGACAGGAGCCAGUGUAGGUGGGGUUGAGGAAACAGACGGGGACCUCAAGCCCAGAGAGAGUAUGGAGGGGCCGGGCUGUGUUUGGGCAGCAAGGGUUACAAGCCAAGUGGAACCUGAGUGACCCCGUUAAGAGUUCUUCUGUUAGGAGUCAAAACACUGGACUUUCAUGAAUAUGCUCUAAAGUCUUUGAGGGGACAAGCCCCAAAAGAUAACACAGGUUCACCCUUCCUUCCCUCUGCCCCUCCCUUACACCUCCUUAGCUUCCUCUUUUCAGUACUAGUCCCAGAGUCUGGCAUUGGUCAGGGGAGAAAAAGGCGGAGGAGAAUCUGUGUUCUGCAAAAGGAGAGGAAGAGGAGAGCCAUCAUGACCUCCUGGCGCAACCCCCUCAUCCUCACGGCCUACAUCGUCAUCUUCCUCACCGGUCUCCCGGCCAACCUCCUGGCCCUGCGGGCCUUCAUUGGACGCGUCCGCCAGCCCCACCCUGCCCCCAUCCACAUCCUCCUGCUCAGCCUGACACUGGCGGACCUCCUGCUGCUGCUGCUGCUGCCCUUCAAGAUGACCGAGGCCGCGUAUAACUUCCGCUGGUAUCUGCCCGAGUUGCUCUGUGCCCUCACGGGCUUCGGCUUCUACAGCAGCAUCUAUUGCAGCACAUGGCUCCUGGCGGGCAUUAGCAUCGAGCGCUACCUGGGAGUGGCUUUCCCUGUGCAGUACAAGCUGUCCCGCAAGCCUGUGUAUGGAGUGAUUGCUGCCCUGGUGGCCUGGAUCAUGUCCUUUGGUCACUGUACCAUUGUGAUCAUCGGUCAGUACUGGAACUCAACCCGGAAUAGCACGAAUGAGGACGGCAUCACUUGCUACGAGGACUUCAACAGCUCUCAGCUGAAACUGGUGCUCCCAGUGCGGCUGGAGCUGUGCCUCUUCCUCUUCUUCGUCCCCAUGGUGAUCACCAUCUUCUGCUACUGGCGCUUCGUGUGGAUCAUGCUCACCCAGCCGCAUGUGGGGGCCCAGAGGCGGCGCAGAGCUGUAGGGCUGGCUGUCGUUACGCUCCUCAAUUUCCUGGUGUGCUUCGGGCCUUACAACAUAUCCCACCUGGUGGGGUUUUUCACGAAGAAGAGCCCCCUGUGGAGGGCUGAAGCUGUGGUGCUCAGUUCCCUCAAUGCCAGUCUGGACCCGCUGCUUUUCUAUUUCUCUUCGUCAGCUGUGCGCAGAGCCUUUGGAAAGGGGCUGCAGGUCCUGCGGCAUCGGGGCUCUUCCCUGCUGGGACGCAGAGGCCAAGAGACAGCAGAGGGGACAAAUGUGGACAGGGGUGUGAGUCAAGCAGAGGGAGCUCCGAGUUCUGACUUCACCACAGACUAAGGGUGCUCUAGACCUUUGGAGGCACUCUGGGUGACACAGGCAUUGAACAGGCUAGGAGAGGGGGAAACAGCAGGGUUCCCGUCCCAGGGUCAGAAAUCCACAGACCAAGCCACUGCUGGGGCUGUAAAAAAAAUCUCUCUCUGAGGCUUGGUAUCCUUUUCUGACUGAAGUUUUCUUCCCAAAGGAGCACAGCUCCAGGACAAGAGGAGAAAUGGUUGGGCCUAGAAGCACUCUCAGAUUGGGGUUUCGGAAGCAAUGUAGCUAACACAAAGGCAGUCCUUGUGAGAUAGCUGGGAACUGAGGAUGAUCAGGCUGAAGCAGAGUCCUAAAGGAAUCUUGCUACACACCUUGAAACACCACCCAGACACUGGUCUAGCUGUGGAUAGUAGAAAGGAGACAACAGGGACGAGAUGGAUGAGAACACCAAAUGAGGUCAAGGAAGACUCAGGAAGACUAUGAGUCAAGAGGACUAAGCGGGAGGACUGAGGACUGUGCCUUCUAACGAUCUAGGUUUGCACUGUAUUGCUUUGACCUGCCGCUUUGUAAGUAUGCUCCAGUCAUCAUGUGUAUAUCUUGUCUCCCCGUAUUAAACCUGCCUGAAGUCUGGGUCUCGUCUUCUCCCUCUGUGGCACCUCCACACAGGUCAGGACACAGCCUGGCCAGUCAGAGGUCAACACAGACUAGCACAGGAGUAGACAAGCUGGACUGGCAGAUUGAAAAUAAAGAUGGUAAAACGCUGAA